UCCGCCGGAAGGCCUGCGAUGGAGGUCCCGCCCCGGCUCGCCCAUGUGCCGCCGCCAUUGUUCCCCGCCGCUCCCGCUCCCUUGGCCUCCCGUAGUCUUUCCCAUUGGCGGCCGCGGGCGCCGCGGCAGCUCGCCCCUCUCCUCCCUUCGCUGGCCGCUGGCUCCGCCCGGCAGGGGGCGCGCCGGGCCCCGCGCCACGUCACCGCGCAGCAGCCCUCCCGAUUGGCGGGCGGGGCGGCUAUAAAGGGAGGGCGCAGGCGGCGCCCGGACCUCUUCCGCCGCCAUUUUAAAUCUAGCUCCAUACAACGCUCCGCUGCCGCCAGCACCCCCGCGACCCGGACCGCGCGCCCGCUCGCCCCUGCCGACGGCUCCGCCACCAUGGAGGACAUGAACGAGUAUAGCAAUAUAGAGGAGUUCGCCGAGGGGUCCAAGAUCAACGCGAGCAAGAACCAGCAGGAUGACGGUAAAAUGUUUAUUGGAGGCUUGAGCUGGGAUACAAGCAAGAAAGAUCUGACAGAGUAUUUGUCUCGAUUUGGGGAAGUUGUAGACUGCACAAUUAAAACAGACCCAGUCACUGGAAGAUCAAGAGGAUUUGGAUUUGUGCUUUUCAAAGAUGCUGCUAGCGUUGAUAAGGUUUUGGAACUAAAAGAACACAAACUGGAUGGCAAAUUGAUAGACCCCAAAAGGGCCAAAGCUUUAAAAGGGAAAGAACCCCCUAAAAAGGUGUUUGUGGGUGGAUUGAGCCCAGAUACUUCUGAAGAACAAAUUAAAGAAUAUUUUGGAGCUUUUGGAGAGAUUGAAAACAUUGAACUUCCCAUGGAUACAAAAACAAAUGAAAGGAGAGGAUUUUGUUUCAUCACAUACACAGAUGAAGAGCCAGUCAAGAAAUUGUUAGAAAGCAGAUACCAUCAAAUUGGUUCUGGGAAGUGUGAAAUCAAAGUUGCACAACCCAAAGAGGUGUAUCGGCAGCAACAGCAACAACAAAAAGGAGGAAGAGGCGCUGCAGCUGGUGGACGAGGUGGUACUAGGGGUCGUGGCCGAGGUCAGGGCCAAAACUGGAACCAAGGAUUUAAUAACUAUUAUGAUCAAGGAUAUGGAAAUUACAAUAGUGCCUAUGGUGGUGAUCAAAACUAUAGUGGCUAUGGCGGAUAUGAUUAUACUGGGUAUAACUAUGGGAACUAUGGAUAUGGCCAGGGAUAUGCAGACUACAGUGGUCAACAGAGCACUUAUGGCAAGGCAUCUCGAGGAGGUGGCAACCACCAAAACAAUUACCAGCCAUACUAAAGAGGAAGACAUUGGAGAAAACAGGUGUGUAUAAGAGUGCAAGAAACCAGUAGAAAUGUCUAAUUUAAUUUAAAGAUCAAUAGACAAAUAAAAAAUAAGUAAAAACAAAAUAUUAUGUAGCCUGUUUUUACUAAAUUGUUAAUUUUAAUUGCUUUAUCAGCCUCUUUUGCCUAAAGUGUCUAUAGAUCUUUAACUUUAAAGUCUUAUCUCACCUUUUUUAGUAUUACAGAAAAACUUAAGAGUUUUUCUGUUUGCUUUGUGUACCAGGAGGUCUAGAGGAAUAAUUAAACUUUUUUAGAACUAUUAACAGGUAAAGUACUGAAAUGGGUACAACUUAAGGAAAACAAGAAUGUUGUCUUCUAACUCUGACAUUAUACCUUGUUUGUACCCGCCAGCGGGAACUUCAUUGCAGGCCGUGUGUCACCCUGACCACGUCUAUCUCUGGGGGUCGCACGUUGCGGGCAGAGCGCAAGGCAUACACCAGAAAACGCUGUCCUGUGGUAUGGUCUCUUCCAACUUCAUGUACCAGCGUAAAGAUUAAAGUGGAAAACUUCAGACUUUGGCUUCUUUUUUAAUCUUUUUGGAGAUUAAGUGUCUAAACUUAACUUAAAUGGUUUUUUACAGGAGUUAAAAGUACAUAAAUGCCUUUUUACAGCUUAAUCAUUUUGGUCUUCUGUUUAGUGUUGUAUUUCAAUUGUGGAGCCUCAUUUUAAGUGUUCAUUCUUUAAGAUUUAAUGCUUGCUUUUUCUUUUUAUAGCUAAUAGUGAAAUCUACAAACCAAAACAAGAACUUUAAAAUCUGGGAUAUAAGUUAAAGAUCAUAUGCACAAAGAGAUUUGUUUUCUUAAGAUAAAUAAGUCUAUUAGAAAUUUAUGUUUGUGAUAGCAUUUUACUUGGCUUACUAGAAAUACUUCUAGUAGGCCUUAUCUAUGUGUCCAACCUGUGAAUAUGGGAAGGUUGCAUUCCCAGAUUCUCCGAAGAGAUUUGGAUUUGAUACUAUUUGUAAACUCCAGAGUGAGUUUAUCCAUUACCCAAACUGCGUUUUGCAAACAAAUACGCAUGUGAUCUUUAAUUAUUGAAGAAAAGAAUAAAGUGAGGACUUAAAACAAUUCAUGAAAGUGGACCUUUGAAGGCUUGUCAGAGUUGCACAGAUCUAAUUGUUAUUUUGUUUUUGUUUUUAGGAGAUGCUUAAGAAAUCUUCCAGGACAACACUGAAGAUUGGUCUUCUGUUGCUCUAAUGAUUAUUUUGUAAAAGACUUUAUAGUGUACAAGACACAACUGUGUCCAACUGUAUAUAGCCGCCAGUUAGUUUUCCUUGUUUUUACUUUGUCCUUUGCUGUGUGUUAUGACUCUGUGGAUUUAUGUUUAUACAAAUUUUAUUUGUAUGAUUUCUCAUGUUAAACCCCAAAUAAAUGCUUCCUUAUGUGAUUGUUUUUCUGCGUGAGGUACUGCAUAGCUCUGUAAAGAUGUAAUUUUAAAUAAGCAAUAAUUAAGGUACAGGUUAUUUUGUAGGGAGUUUGGGUCUAUAGGGAAAAAACUGAUCCUUUAGCCAGCUGCAGGAUUGAGUACCCUGUGCCCCAUUUUUGUAUGUAUAUUCUAUGCUGUAAGGCGCAUUUCCCUUAGCUGAGGCUUCUGCUACAUCUUUGAAUAAUGUUCUUACCUCCAGAUACUUUAUCCCAAAACAUGAGUCAUGGUAUUGUGAUUAGGAGAAGCUUUCUACUAGCCCAUAUGUUUUCUAUACUGUGUUUAAGAAAGAUACUUUUGGGACUGGAAGUGUAGCUCAGUGGUAGAACACCUGGUUAACAUGCACAAGGCCCGGGGUUCUAUCCCCAGUACUUGCCAAAAAGUGGGGGUUUGUUGAUAGUCCUUUUGUUUUGUUCCUCUUCAUGGCAAGUGUGUGAUUGACUAGUUGUUUUGACCUUGGAGUUACUUGGUGGUCCGUUGGACUACACCUUGGGUAAUAUAACACCAUGGCUUUUGUCCUCUUGAUUAAAGGAGACAAGUGCACAACCAGCACUCAAACUGGUAAGGUUUAUGGUUUAAGGGUAUUCAGUACUUAAAACGGACUUUUCUCAGAAGUGUGAGAUUUUCAAAGUUUGGUUGAAAGAUGAAGAUUUGAGGUAGUGGCAGAAUACUUGUAUUUUUAUUGAUGUGUCAUAGCCAACACAAUAAAAUGUUUUCUACUUGGACAUUCUUAGGAAGAUGUUCUAGAGUUGUGUAGUGUGAGGUUAGAGAAACGCUAGUCCACCUUGUAAGUGCAGUUAGUGCAUGAGCUGAGUAGGCAUUUUCAUGUUUAGACUUGGGAAGGGACAGUGAAGGUGGUAGCGCUUACCUGUGAGGUUUGUUAAUGUGACUAAGUUGCCACUUAAGCGUACCUUUCUGAUGUGUUGAAAGUUUUAUAUCUAGAUUUUGAAAGAUUUUCUGAGGUAAAUAGAAAUUUUGAUAGAUUUAGGGAAGUUUGUUUCCAUGCUGCUAGGGGGCUAGCAUACAUGUUCACUUAUAGUAGUUGACUUCAUACUUAACCAGAAGUAAGUUUUUAGUACCAGUACCUCUCCUACCCCCCAGUUUGAUGAUAUUUGUAUUAGUGGGGCUAUCAGGUUCGAUGCAUUGGCUUGUUCUGGUAUAGCCAAGUACUAGUGCUGGCUGUUUUCAACAGACUUUAUUUUUCUAACAUGGAAUCCUAGGGCCUGAAAGGGCGAUGUUUCAGGUGGUUUUGUCAGUAGGUGUGGUGUCUAGAGUAGUGAAUCCUAUAUGUUCAAAUCAAUGGUUAGGUGACAAGUUGACAUUGAGAUUGUCCUUUCCCCUGAUCAAAAUGAAUAAAAACUUUUUAAACAAAA